UGGAGAAGUGAUUCUCUAUACAUCAGAUGAAUUUCAAGAUAUCUAGAUAUAAAUCAUAGAUCAGUAAUUUUACUGAAAAAACAUUAGCGUCAGGGAUGAUUUCAUUCAACGAUCUGUAAUGAUUUGUUUGGAGAAUUAUUACAAGUGAUGGUAAUAUUGUUUUUCAACCUGUCGGCAUCAUGGACAUCGUGAAUGAAAGUCGUAGCUGGAUGAAACCAUUAGAACUAUUUGAAGACAAAGAAAAAAAUGUGAAAAUGUGCGCCCCUAUGGUCAGAUAUUCAAAAUUAGCAUUCCGUAUGCUGGUGAGAAAAUAUGGCUGUGAUUUAGCAUUUACACCAAUGAUUAUAUCAGAGUCUUUUGUAAGGUCUGUGAAGGCAAGAGACAGUGAAUUUACUACUUGUAAAGAUGACCGUCCUUUGGUGGUGCAGUUUGCAGCAAGCAACGCACAGGAUCUUGCUGAUGCAGCAGAAAUUAUAGCACCGUAUGCAGAUGGGGUUGACUUGAACUGUGGAUGCCCACAAAGGUGGGCCAUGCAGGAAGGAUAUGGAGCAUGCUUAAUUAAGAAACCAGAACUUGUAAAAGACAUGGUAACACAGACUAGGUCACGGGUCACACAGAGUGACUUUUCUGUCUCAGUCAAGAUCAGAUUAAGAGAAAAUGAAAGGGAAACUGUGGAGUUAUGUCAAAGAGCAGAAAAGGCAGGAGCAUCAUGGAUAACUGUUCAUGGUCGCACACCAUCCCAACGCACUCAACCUGUCAAUAUUGAGGCCAUUAAACUCAUCAAGGAAAAUGUCAACAUCCCUGUUGUUGCCAAUGGUGAUAUUAAAUCUCUAGAAGACUCUCACAUGAUCAGGGAAAGAACUGGAGUUGAUGGUGUGAUGGCUGCUAGAGGAAUGCUAGAAAACCCAGCAAUGUUUGCUGGUUAUGAAACAACUCCUGUAAAUUGUAUCAAGGACUGGAUUGAGCUGUCCUUAUCUGUCGGGACACCUUUCCAGUGUUUCCAUAACCACCUGAUCUAUAUGAUGGAAAAAGCUUUACCUCGGUCAGAGAGACGGAUUUUCAACUCCCUUUGUAGUACAACAGCAGUGUUAGACUAUAUGAACCACAACUACAACAUCAGUAUAUGAUACUAUUAGCUUUAAGGACUAUUUAUUUGUACGUUGUCAACAUAAUCUUAUGCAAUGUUUUGGUCAGAUCAUAGCUAAACAUAGUCCAAAGUGAAUGUUAUGUUUCAUUUUACUGACACUCAUAAAGGUUUUGAACCAAUUGCUGACCCUGCAGUUUAUGUAUAUUAAUCUAUAAACUAAUUGUGAAACAAGUUCUAUCAGUUUGUAUUAAUCACUGUUGUAAGUCAGACUUUUUCUGAAGAAAGGAAACUAGGAUUGAAAGGAAAUUGUUAAUGAAAGUACUGAAAUGACUGAGACGCUGAACACUUCAAAUGUGAGAUAUCACCCAUUCUAUGCAGAACAAUGAAAAUUUUUUAUAUAGGACAACUAUCAACAGCCAAAUUUUAUUUUUUUUUUCUAAAUCAGUAAUUUAAGCUCCAAAACAAAUAAAUGCCACUGGCAAUUAGUAUUUGAUAUUGGACCCAAAAAUAACCUAAAAAUGACUAAUUAUAUGUUAUAAUUAUAAUGUCUGUGAUAUGACACAGAAGUUCAGGUCCUGGUACUGUAAAUGACCUUGUUCUUAUUCCUUAUAAUAUUACCAUUGUAUGCUAUGUAUGAUAUAUUUGAAAGCACAUAUAACA